UGGUUUCCUGCGACGCGCGCGAGCCGAACUUGAGCGCUCAGCGAUAGGAGCCGGUCCGGCCGCCUCGCGCCGUCGGAGAGGAGAGCAGAGCCCCCCCCGGGGUGGAUAUUCCCGGCGACAGCCUCCGUUUUUUUGGGGAGCUUUUGAGAGCGGAGGGAAAACUUUAAAGAGAAGAGAAAGUCCCGCCGCGGAGAGCCUCCAGCUGCGGGCGCAGAGUCCGCGGGGAGCGGGGAGGAGGAGUCAACAGGUCCCAGAGCUUAGGAGCUGCAAUUGAUUCAAAGGGAGAUUUCCUUGGCCAAGGACAGGGAGAUUGACGUUUUUGGGAAGACGGGCCGGUCCGAGCAAUCGAUGCCGGCCGUCCAGCAGCCGGAAGCCCAGUUGGCCGAACAGCGCACCACUCAAUCAGUCUGAGCCUCAACACACAGCGCUGCUGGCAAACAACCCAGGGGAAGGCUCUGGAGCGGCGAAGGGGGGUCCCGUCCAAGUGGAGCAGCUUUUCCACGGCGUCAUGUGAUCCUGGCCUCUCCGAGGAGAGGAGCGCCCGGCAGCAGCGGAGGGAAGCUGCACGUCCGUGAAAGCACCGCCGCCGCCGCCGCCGCUCACCCGCACCCGGGUCACCUCCACCCGCACUGCCCGAGUCGCCUCUUCUUGACUCAACUUGCCCUCCGCCCCCCCCCUCCUCCCCUCCAUCUGGGCGAUAAGGAAUGGCCGUGCGACUCUCCCGCGGCUCCAACGCCUCUCGCAAAUAAGGCCUUUUAGCCCGCCUCACAAUAGCGGAGAAAGGAAGGAUAAAACGCUGUGGAGUCCCCCUUUAUCCUUCCUCCUCGUGUCUCUUUCUUCAUCUUUGUUUCCUUAGUAACUCGACCCUCAACACACACACUCGGCGACGCAGCGGGGCCGUUUUUGUCCGGGUGACAUCCACCGCAGCCAUUUUCAGGACGACCUUUUCAACCUGGAGGAGAUUUCUACAAACUUCAUCUGGCAGUCUUUUGGAGUAUGCGUCCUCGCGGGGGAUUAAGUCGCCGCAGGAAUCCCUGCUGACUCCUCCUCGGCGUCCGCACGUCCUGUUCGGGGGGAUUUUUUUUUUGGUCGUUGCUGUUUGUGAGCGGAGGCGGACCGAGCCGCCAUGGCUGGGAAGGGCAACCCCGUGCCGGGCCCCCACCUCAACGGCUUCCCCAUGCCCACCUACUCCUACUUCUUCCCCCACAUGCUGGGGAGCCUGUCGCCGCCGGCGCUGCCGGGCCUGCCCAUCAGUGGCUACAGCACGCCGUCCCCAGCCACGAUAGAGACCCAGAGCACCAGCUCAGAGGAGAUAGUGCCAAGCCCGCCCUCGCCUCCCCCGCCGCCCCGCGUCUACAAGCCCUGCUUUGUGUGCCAGGACAAGUCCUCAGGGUACCACUAUGGUGUCAGCGCCUGCGAGGGCUGCAAGGGCUUCUUCCGGAGGAGCAUCCAGAAGAACAUGGUGUACACCUGCCACCGGGAGAAGAACUGCAUCAUCAACAAAGUCACACGCAACCGCUGCCAGUACUGCCGGCUGCAGAAGUGCCUGGAAGUGGGGAUGUCCAAGGAGUCGGUGCGGAAUGACCGGAACAAGAAGAAGAAGGACGAGAAGAAGCAGGAGUGCACGGAGAGCUACGUGCUGAGUCCCGACACCGAGCAGAUGAUCGACCGGGUCCGCAAGGCGCACCAGGAGACGUUCCCGUCGCUCUGCCAGCUGGGAAAAUACACUACGACUAACAGCUCGGAGCGGCGGGUGUCCCUGGACGUGGACCUGUGGGACAAGUUCAGCGAGCUGUCCACCAAGUGCAUCAUCAAGACGGUGGAGUUCGCCAAGCAGCUGCCCGGCUUCAUCACGCUCACCAUCGCAGACCAGAUCACUCUGCUCAAAGCCGCCUGUCUGGACAUCCUGAUACUGCGGAUCUGUACGCGCUACACGCCGGAGCAGGACACCAUGACCUUCUCAGACGGACUCACGCUAAACCGGACCCAGAUGCACAACGCGGGCUUCGGGCCCCUCACAGACCUGGUCUUCGCCUUCGCCAACCAGCUCCUUCCUCUGGAGAUGGACGACGCCGAGACGGGGCUCCUGAGCGCCAUCUGCUUGUUAUGUGGAGAUCGGCAGGACCUGGAGGAGGCGGACAAGGUGGACGUCCUGCAGGAGCCUCUCCUGGAGGCGCUGAAGAUCUACGUGAGGAAGAGGAGGCCCCACAAACCGCACAUGUUCCCCAAGAUGCUGAUGAAGAUCACCGAUCUGAGAAGCAUCAGUGCUAAAGGGGCCGAGCGUGUCAUCACGCUGAAGAUGGAGAUCCCGGGCUCCAUGCCGCCGCUCAUCCAGGAGAUGCUGGAGAACUCAGAGGGCCUGGAGAGCGGGGCGGCGGGCGGCCGGCCCGGCGGCGCCCCCCCGGGCAGCUGCAGCCCCAGCCUGUCCCCCAGCUCCGCCCAAAGCAGUCCGGCCACGCAGUCGCCGUAGUGGCGGCUCCCGCCUCGCGUCCUCCGUGUUCGUCCCUCACGGCGCCGCCCCUCUGCGCCCCGGCGGAGGAGGCGGGCCUUGACCGUCAAACUGCUGAACCCCGGAGACCGGCAGAGCCGACCCCCCCCAUCGCUCUCCCCCCUCGCUCUGGACGCAGCGCCCGGACCGGAGGGGAGGAGCCGCCGGGGUCGAACAGGACGCCGCCCAGAAAACCACGCCGUAAACACUGCUGAUGACUCCUCCCCCGUCCCUCCCCCCCCCCUCCCCCCCCCCCCCCCCCCCCCCCCCCCCCCGCCACGCUCCCUCCUGCGGGGCGCAGCGGGACGAGGACGAUGAACACAGACUGACUUGACAAACACCAGACACUUUUCCUCGUUGUUGUUCUCUGAGGCGGACCGCAACUCGUCUGAAGACCCCGCUCCUCACAGACUCUGGGGUCUUUAUUCCUCCUUUUUUUUUUUUUUUUUUUUCAAUUUCAAAAAGCAGAUUUCGUACAAAAGAUAUAUAAAUAUAUAGAGAAAAAUUAAGGAACUAUUGUGAUGGACAUGUCCGGGAGAGAAUGGCAGGUUGGAACGAGGACAUGUUUUCUGAGCUGAGAUUAGAAAUUGUUGUUACUCCUUCACCGUUUGAAUCCUUUCAUACCCAUAGAGAGUAUCGAGAGACCUUUCAGUUUCACAUUUGUACAUUAUUCUGAUUAAGAAGAAGAAUUGAAAUGUUGGAAUUUCUCUCCAGUCCACACAGACAUCUACACACACACACACACACACACAGACACACACAUACACACAAAUGUGCACAGAAAACAAGUCGCAAUGAAUAUCACCUCCUAUUCCAGGUUGGAUUUGUUUUCCUUUUUUUCUUUGUUUUGUUUUUCUUCCAGGAGAACGGAAAAAAAAAAAAAAUGAUUGUAUGAACUCGGUUGUAUGAUAUGGUCACAGGUCCUUUCAAGAAAUCAAAUUAAUGAAGAUUCAUUAUCAAGGUAUAUUUUAAGUAGCCUUUGAGUUUGUGUAUAUAAGCUGUAUUCAUUUCUUUAAAACUAUGAAGAGUUUUAGGCUUCACCUGAUUUUUUUUUUUUUUUUUUUAAGAAUACCUUUUAUGUGUUUUGUUUAUAGGGUUGUGAUUCAAGAAAAAUACAUUUUUGAGCACAUUUUACUGAAGGAAGUACUUUUUUUGUUUUAAUUGUACGGCUGAAGAGCCGUACAGACCCUUCACCAAUCACUGGCUGUUCAGAAUAUGGCUCACAGACAAUUCCAAGCAUUGCCCCGUUCAUUUUGAAAACAUGUCGUUGAUGUACAGUAGAGAAAAAAAAAAAGCUUUUCGUGGCCGUGUAGCAGAAAGAGAAGGUGUUUGUGAAAACUGGUGAGUGAGAGGCCACCUGGCUCAGGUGAGUGACCGCCGCUCGGAAAGAGAGCGCUAAUGUGAAGAAAGGUGUAAAUACACACUCGGCGCUCUCCGAACGGACGGAUCCGCGGCGGAAGGCAGGAGACCGGAUCGCAGCGGCCCCCCUCCUCUCUCGUCGGCGCUCGGCCCAGUGAGAUCCCAAAUGUGAUGUUCUGUCAGCUCGAUCCUCACCAGUCCUCCCCCCCGGCGACCAAGAGAGAAAUGUGACUUUGAUACCAGAUCCAGAGCAACCUUACGCCCUGUGACUCACUUUACACCAAAACGCCUUCACCAUGAACACACGUCAUGUAGACCAUCAUUACUGUACACCCACACACACACACACACACACACACACACACACACACCAAUGUCUCAGGAAGGAAUCAUUCUGUAUGCUUGGCCUGUUCUUUGUAUAUGUCCUGUGUUGCACCCCCGAAGCCUCCGAUCACAGAUGCACAUGUACACACACUUCUGCUACUGAGCCCCUGAAUUUUGUUUUGUUUUCCUCCCUCGCUCACCGCCGUUGGGCCUGGCAGACCGGGACUCGUGCGGAGGGACGCCGACCCCUGACCGCUCGACGCGACGCAGCGUAGGAUGCCAGUGUGGAGUCUUUCUGAGUGGUUCAUGUGUACUUUUUUCUUUUUUUUUUCUUUUUUUUUUUUUGUACGGUCAAAGCUGCUUUUCAUCAUUUAGGACUUAACCUGUCCAGAACAGCGCACAACGUUUCCCUCCACAGCUAAUCUGGAAUAGCAACAGACACACCGUCAGUUUGAGAAGUAUGGAAUAUGUUGCAAUUUUGUCAAGAUUAUCAAGCGACUUUGAAAAAAAAAAACACAAAAUGAUAAAAAAAAAAUAAA